AUGGCUACCAGAGGGAGUGGCCGGCCCAACAGCACACUGCCCCAGACCAAGAUAUGCCAGUUUAAACUGGUCCUACUGGGAGACAUGGCAGUGGGCAAGUCCAGCCUAGUUCUGCGCUUUGUCAAGGGACAGUUUGAUGAGUUCCAGGAGACCACCAUCGGAGGUGAUGGGGGAGGGGAAUAAGGGGAGAGGAGAGUUGACGGGCACACUGUUGGCCCCAGAUCAUGGUUGGGCAACUCUGCUCCUUGAGUACCGCAGCAUAAACUUCUGUUAAAAACACUGUGAGAGAUUUCCUGGAUCAAGGAGGGAGAGUUGUCUGAGAUGAAAGGACUGAGUUUUACAUCAUGAGUUUUACAUCCUCUUUCUCUCCCUCUCUCAGCUGCGUUCCUGGCCCAGUCUGUGUGUCUAGACGACACUACGGUGAAGUUUGAGAUCUGGGACACAGCGGGACAGGAGCGCUACCACAGUCUGGCUCCCAUGUACUACCGCGGCGCACAGGCUGCCAUCGUGGUCUUUGACAUCACCAAGCCGGUACAGUCAUCAGUGCAUCACAAAGAUGCAUGCUCAGGGCUAACUUUAGGAGUAAACAAUUUAUGUAUUGUACUGUAUCGAAGCUUUAGCCCUCUCUAUCAUGUUAACAUAGCCAUGUUAUUUAAAUGUUGCACUGUAUCUGACUCUCCUCUUUCUCACCUCCUCUCCCCUCUCUGUCCCUCUCCUAUGCUCUAUUUUGCCCUCCUGUAGGAGACGUUUGAGCGCGCUAAAGCCUGGGUGAAGGAGCUACAGAGGCAGGCUAGCCCCAACAUUGUCAUCGCUCUGGCAGGGAACAAGGCGGACCUGGCUGAGAAGAGACUAGUGGAGUAUGAGGUAGUGUACUUUGUAACAUGUUAUGGCCUUCACUAUACAAUGACUUAAUGCUAUACCACAUUUAAAUUCUAACUGGGGAUUCCCAAUACUGAUGGAUGGUUGCCUGAUGGAGUCUUUCCAUUAUGUGUUGCCUGUCUGACAGGAGGCCCAGACCUAUUCUGAAGACACUGGACUUCUCUUCAUGGAGACCUCUGCCAAGACCGCCAUGAAUGUCAACGAACUUUUCCUGGCCAUUGGUGAGCUUCCAUCUUUUCCCGACAAUCUAUAGGGCAACUUAUAGGGAUAAACAUUUCGAUUCAAAUUAACUAUUGGCCUAAUAACCCAAAACGUUUUUCAUGACCACAUCACAUGACCAGGAAAAACUCCCGGCCCUAGUUAUAACUAGGUCAAAAUAAUAAUAACAAACAUUAUAAUUGGCCUCUAACAAAGUGUGUUCCACUGUCUCUGCAGCUAAAAAGAUGCCCAAAACAGACACCCAGAAUCCGACACAUGCAGCGCGACACCGGGGAGUGAACCUACAGGAUCCUGAAGCCCACAACACCCGAUCCUGCUGUGGUGGAGGAGGAGGAGGAGGAGGAGGAGGGAACUAG